AUGGAUAGCGUCGACACAAACCCGGCGGCCAGCGUCGAAGGUUGCAGCUUUCAGCCGCUCAACCCAGAAGACGUGCGCGCAUGCCUCUACAAGGCCGCCGACUUCAUCACGGAUUACUACAUCAGCAUCGAGUCCAUGCCGGUUCUCCCCGACGUCAAGCCAGGCUACCUACGGAACGAGCUUAUGGCGUCCCCGCCAGAACACUCGGCUCCCUUUGACGUCACCAUGAAGGAGCUGAGGACAUCCGUCGUCCCCGGGAUGAUGCAUUGGGCUAACCCCAACUUCUUCGCGUUCUUCCCGUCCACCAACAGCGCCGCAGCCAUCGCAGGGGAGCUAAUUGCCUCGGCCAUGAACACCGUGGGGUUCACGUGGCAGGCGGCUCCUGCGGCCACCGAGAUGGAGGUGCUCGUGCUGGACUGGCUCGCGCAGCUCCUGCGACUGCCAGCUAGCUUCAUGAACCGCACCAGCGCUGGGCAUGGCACCGGCGGCGGAGUCAUCCUUGGGACCACCAGUGAGGCCAUGCUCGUCACACUGGUUGCCGCACGUGAUGCGGCGCUGCGCCGGAGUGGCUCCAAUGGCGUGGACCGCAUCACAAGGCUCACGGUGUACGCUAGCAACCAGACACACUCCACGUUCUUCAAGGCAUGCCGCCUCACCGACUUUGACCCUGCCAACCUCCGAUCCAUCCCUACCGGGCCGGAGACUGACUACGGGCUCGACCCGGCCAAGUUGCUCGAGAUCAUGCAUGCGGACUUUCGUGCCAGCCUCGUGCCAACAUACAUCUGCGCCACUGUUGGUACCACGUCGUCCAACGCCGUGGACCCGGUGGGUGCAGUUGCAGAUGUCGCAGCCAUGUUUAAUGCAUGGGUCCACGUCGAUGCUGCCUAUGCUGGCAGCGCCUGCAUCUGUCCGGAGUUUCGGCACUAUAUCGAUGGCGUUGAGCAUGUGGACUCCAUCAGUAUGAGCCCGCACAAGUGGCUGCUCACAUGCCUUGACUGCACCUGCUUGUGGGUGCGCAACACGCACCGUCUCACCGACGCACUACAGAUGAACCCAGAGUAUCUGAAGAACGACGCUACCGAGUCCGGCAUGGCCACCGAUCUCAAGGACAUGCAAGUCGGUGUGGGCCGCCGCUUCCGUGGGCUCAAGUUGUGGAUGGUGAUGCGCACCUACGGCACUACCAAGCUUCAGGAGCACAUCCGAAGCGAUGUUGCUAUGGCCAAAGCAUUCGAGGAGCUUGUCCGUGCCGAUGACCGGUUCGAGAUUGUAGUGCCGAGGAACUUCGCCUUGGUAUGCUUCAGAAUCAGGGCAUGUGGAGCCAUGACAGAGGAAGUGGCCGAUGAGGUGAACCAUCUCCUGAUGGACCGGCUCAACAUUUCGGGGAAGGCCUACCUUGCGCACACGGUGGUCGGCAGGAGGUUCACUCUACGGUUCGCGGUAGGGUCGUCGAUGCAGGAGGAGCGGCACGUGCGGAGGAGAUCAUGCAAUAACGGAGUUCAUCAAUUAAUGUGUUCGAUUAAUUAUUAUUGUUUGUGA